AUGGAUACUGGUAUUUGUCAAGGUAAAUGUUAUGAUCGACGUUUUUAUACAUGUAUCGGUGAUCAACUAUGCAAUGGAAGUAAUGCUGAUAUUUGUGCAGGAGAAUGUUACAAUCGAUCUACUCAUUCGUGCAUGCAUGGUAUUCUAUGUAAUGGAAGUAAUGCAGAUAUUUGUGCUGGAAAAUGCUACAACAGAGAUUCUGGAAAGUGUUUUAGUGAUAUUUUUUGCAUCGGACAGUAUGCUGGUAUAUGUGCAGGAAAAUGUAUGACUAAUACUUCUUCUCAAACAUGUAUCAAUGGUACUAUCUGUGAUGGUUAUAAUAACGCUGUUUGUGCAGGAAAGUGCUACGACAACUAUAUCCAAACAUGUAUCGAAGAUCAUAUUUGUAAUGGAACUAAUGUUGGGACUUGUGGAGGAGAAUGUUACAAUAAACUCUAUCAAACAUGUAUCGAUGGAAUUAUUUGUAGCAAUAUGAAUGCUGCUCUUUGUGGAGGAAAGUGUUUUAGUAAAACUCCAGUGCGAACGUGUAUCAAUGGCACUGUCUGUAACGGUUUCAAUAUGGAUACUUGUGCAGGAAACUGUUAUAGCAAAUUGUUCCAACAGUGCUUAAAUGGUACGAUCUGCAAUGGAACUAAUAGUGGAAUAUGCGCAGGAACAUGCUAUGAUAGAAACAGUCAAAAAUGCUUUAAUGAAAUUCUUUGUAAUGGAAGCAAUGCUGGUAUUUGUGCCGGGAAAUGUUUCAAUAAUGUCUACUCUCAGAGAUGCUUUGAUGGAGUUCUUUGUAAUGGUUUUAAUCCUGGUAUGUGUAAUGGAAAAUGUUAUGAUAGAUUAUCUCAAACUUGUAUCGAUGGCGUUCUCUGCAAUAGCACUGAUAAUGCUGUUUGUAAUGGGAAAUGUUACAACUCAAUCUUUCAGAAAUGUCUCCAAGGUGUUGUUUGUACUCUUUGGCCAUCUAUUCUCGUUUGUGCGGAUAAAUGCUACAAUAGCGAUUAUGAGAAAUGUGUUGGUGGUAUUGUUACACCACUAUACACAUAA